AUGCUGUGGACUCUAUAUGUUGCCGCCACACUCUGCCUCAACCUCUCCAUUGCGGAUGCUGUCACCUUUACAUUUGAUGAAAAUUCUUGGACGAAGUCAACAUGGAAGGAUUUCAAGAUUAAUAGGCCCAAAGAACUUUGGCGGGUCAGUGACGACCCAAUUGUGUCGAAGCAUUUGGCGAAUCUUCAGGAUACAGGAUACUCAUUCAUCAGCGCUCAAGGGCCCCAGAGCGGACUGGGCAGUGAAGGCGACAUGUGGAGUUCUGAAGAUGUGGAUGCACGACCAGGAUCUGAUUUGGAAGCAGAACUGUUGAGUGCUCUAAACAGUUUGGCCGCAAGUGAGGCAGUGCUUGACCCAGUGUGCCACAGCAUCGUAGAGAAUACUUGGAGAGCAGGCACAGCAUAUGCACACAACAGGCAGCCCAUCACUGAGGAUAAAGUCCACUGGCGACUGGCAGAUGUGUGUCCAAAAGUCGGGGAGGAUGUGCUGGAGAGGUUUGCGCUGUCCAAAGGCCCAGGUCAGGAGUGGACGCCCCAAACGGCUCACAGGUACCAGUUGGACAGAAGGCGGCAGGGCCAGCCGGUCACUGCCAACGAAGUCAAAGCUGUACAGUUGUCUUGUGAGAGGCUGGUGAAGAUACGCAAAGACGAGUUCACCAAAGCUUUAUACGGAGGCCUUGUGCAAUAUGCUGCCGCUGUUUCUGCCAUUGUAGAUCGGCAGGACAAGGGCAAAUCCUUGGAAUCAGGCAGUGGUGAAGAUGAGACUGAAGGAAGUUCUGAAGAAGAACCGGCACAGGAAGAAGAAUGUGUUGACAGACACCAAAAGUGUGAGAAGUGGGCAGACGAGGGAGAAUGCCAAAAGAACCCUAAUUACAUGGUUGGGGACUCAAAGGGGUAUGUGGGUAACUGCCGGCUGAGCUGUGGUGUGUGCGAGCCAUCAACCAACAUUCAACGAUUUGGCAACCUGUAUUUGAAGCGAGAUGAGGCACACAAUCUUACACAAAUAGGCGCCGAUCUGCUGAAAGAUGCAAAGAUGAAGGCCUGCCCUGAAAUAUCAACAUCCCUUCCUCGACCUCCGCAGAGGAUUCUUCUGAGGCCAAAUCAGCUGCACAUCAUUCGAAUGUCUGCUGUGUCGCCACCACCGCCAGAUGCCUCUGCUGUAGCAACAGCCUUGUACAAUGACCUAGGAGGGCAUUGCCUUUACCUCAAUCAAGGGUGGUGGACUUAUGAGGUCUGUUUCAUGACCAAGAUAAGGCAGCUGCACCUUGACAACUCAGGUGGCAUUGCUACAGAACACCUGAUAGGCAGCUACAGGGAAGAAGCAUUAGGGAAGCCAGGGCUAUUGAAGAUUGGCGAAGAUGAAAUGUCUGAACUGGGGCUUCCUGGUCAGGCCAGGUCCUAUGUUCGACACAUCUAUGACGGCGGUGCAGAGUGCACCGUCAACGGAAAGUCUGUCCAGCGAAAGGCGGAAGUCCGAAUUGCGUGCUCCCCUCGAAGCGCUACAGCCUUGGCAGUCAAAGAGACCAGCGAGUGCGAGUACAUGUUCACCAUUCUUGUUCCUGGGCUGUGCCAGCUGGAGGACUACCAAGAAGACAAGAGUGACCAUAGUGAAUUGUAA